AUGGAUAAAGCCAAGUCAGACGAAUAUCUAUUCGGGAAAGACUUGAUAGAUAAUAUCAAGAGUGUCAAGGUUGCGGAGAAGAUUUUAGCAAACCCCAAAUCGAACUCCAAAACCGGCUCUAGCCAAAAUAAAAAUUUAAAUGGACCUCGCCCGGUAGGUCGUCGGUCGGGCCAAUACCAGCAGGGCAAUGUAGGCCAGUUCAGACCUCGUCUGACGUUCCGUCAGAACCAGAGAAUUCCGUUCAAGCAGAACAACCAGACACCGAGGAACUCGGUACCCCAGGGGAAGAGCAAGCAGAGAAACCAAUAG